GGAUUAUUGAAAGAAGACCGUUAAAAGGUUGGAUUAUUAGUUUCCAUUUUCCCAAAUUAAAUUUAAACGUGCACAACGUUGUUCGGGUGAUGGUGGAUAUCCGGGCACCCUGCCAGUGCCCGCUCUCUGCAGGUUCUCACAAAUUGGACAGAAAGCUUACUCCUCACUAUCCAUUAUCACUCUUCAGUCUUCACUUAUCAGUACCCAUUGAUUAGGGUUUUCAUCUUACUUCUCUCGCUGACCUUUGAGCGCCUUCUAAUCUCCCAACCGCAGGAUUCAUUCCUGAUGUUUUGAACAUUCUGCACAAGAUGCACACAUUAAAGGGAGCAUGGGCUGGGCAGACAUUUGCAGUUGCUGCUUGCAAUGAGUCUGGAGGACGGAAAGCAAGGAUAAGGCGCUCAAAGGAGGAGAGGAAAUCUAUGGUUGAGACUUUUAUAAAGAAAUUUCAGAAAUCAAAUAAUGGGAGGUUUCCUUCUCUGAAUCUUACACACAAGGAAGUUGGUGGCUCUUUCUACAUAAUACGGGAAAUUGUUCGGGAAAUCAUUCAAGAGAAUAGAGUUUUAGGUCCUGCCAUGUUGCCCUCUGCAGAGCAGGACAAUGGAAUUCCAGUCUUAGCCUUUCCAAUUGAACCCUAUUCUUCUUUGUCAUCGCCAGAUGACAUUCACUACCACAGUACAACCAAAGGAAAUGUUUUAGAUUCUAAUGGACAGCUUCAUAGUAGUAGGACUGCUAAUAACCAGUUAGAUGUUGAACAAGUGGUUGUUGUUAGUAGUGACAUAAUUGGACUAGACAGACCUGAAGAUGAACAAAAUGAUGAAUUCUUUGACAAGGAUGAAGUAUCUGUAGAACCAUCAAGUACAGAGUCAUCACCACCAGUACAGGAAAGUGUAGGAGAGACUGGAGAACUCAAAGGAUCAAAAACAAGACCCAGAGCCCAAAAUGAACAAAAUGUGGAAUUCUCUGACAAAGAUGAAGUAUCUGUAGAACCAUUAAGUACAGAGUCAUCAUUACCACUAAAGGAAAGUGUAGGAGAGACUGGAGAACUUAAAGGAUUAAAAGCAGGACCCAGACCUGAAGAUGAACAAAAUGUGGAUUUGUCUGACAAAGAUGAAGUAUCUGUAGAACCAUCAAGUACAGAGUCAUCACCACCAGCAAAGGAAAGUGUAGGAGAGACUGGAGAACUCAAAGGAUUAAAAGCAGGACCCAGACCCGAAGAUCAACAAAAUGUGGAUUUGUCUGACAAAGAUGAAGCAUCUGUAGAACCAUCAAGUAUAGAGUCAUCACCACCAGUAAAGGAAAUUGUAGGAGACACUGGAGAACUCAAAGGAUCAAAAUCAGGACUCCGACCCGAAUAUGAACAAAAGGUGGAUUUGUCUUACAAAGAUGAAGUAUCCGUAGAACCAUUAAGUACAGAGUCACCACCACCAGUGAAGGAAAGUGUAGGAGAGACUGGAGAACUCAAACAAUCAAAAGCAGUACCCACACACAAGAAUGCUGAUGUAGUGGUUGAAAUGUUUCCUCUACGGCCCAUUUCAAUGACAUUUGAUGACUGGGAUGAGAAUGUAAUAAGUGAAACAAGUGGUCACACAUUGCAAAUGAAUGCAGAAGUGGUGGAAAAGGAAAAAGAACUAGCAGUGGUAUCACCUUUGCAAAGUAGUUCUGAUUCUUCCAUAGUCACUACUCCAGACUUCAAAGUAAAGGAUUCAUCUGCUCCUGAAACUAAGACAUUCAUCAGUGGGAGUUCUUCCAACAGAUCUAACGAGAAGUUUGGUUUGGAGGAGUCUCUUUCAUCAAUAAAUAACAGAGAAGAAGAUAUUAUCAAAGUGAAAAAUGGUCCUCCCCCACUUGAUAGAAUCAAUCUCAGUGAAACAUGGAAAGGGACAGAAGCAGAGACAGCCACCAAACAUGACAACAAUCCACUUUUGGCUUUAUUCAAGUCCUUCCUCACUGCCAUUGCUAAAAUUCUGCACUGAAAAACAGACUUUCCUUUGAAGUUCUCAUCAUCAUAUUUGCUUCAAUCAUUAACUCGCGCCUUUCCAAGUCAUUUACUAUCUUAUAUGCACGAGAAGUGAACAAUGUAGACAUGAAUGAUCCGUUGAUUAGCUUUGACAAUGAAGCAUUCUAUGAUAUUGUCUGUCUUCUUUUUUGAAGUGUGAUUCUCACUAUGGUGAAAUUAAUUUUUUCUGUAGUGAGAAAUUUAUUACGGAGUAUUAUUAUUAAUUUCUUCUAAACACUGGACACCAAAAUGAGGAAAAGCUUUUCCUUUGUUAAAACUUAA